AUGAAGAAAGGAUUUUUAUUGAAUAAAAAUUUCUAUGACAUUGAGGGAAAGAUAAUGAAAAGUGAAAAAGAUAAAAUACCUACAAAAUACUGUAAAGAUGAUUUUGAAGUAUAUAUGCACAUAGGAAGUGGUAACUUCAGCGAAGUCUUCAUGGUAAAAUUGAAGAAUAAUCCUUCAAAAAUAUACUCCCUAAAAAUAUUUGAAAAAGAAAAAGUAAAAAGAAUGAAUAAAAUUAAUGAUGUUUUAAUAGAAAAACAUGCUAUGACAAAAUUAAAUAUUCCUGGUCAUGUGAAUAUUAUUAAAUUAAUUGAUACAUUUAAAGAUAGACAACAUGUUUAUUUAUUAUAUGAAUAUGUUGAUUAUGAAUUAUGGGAAUUUUUAAAAAAUCGUAGUAUUGGAGUUAAUGAAAAUAUAACAUUUAACUUAAUAUUCCAAAUGAUCCAUGCAUUAGAUUACAUACAUAGCAAAAAUAUAAUUCAUAGAGACUUGAAAUGCGAAAACUUUGUUAUAAAUAAGGAUGGAAUAAUAAAAUUGAUUGAUUUUGGUACUUCUAAAGAUUUAGACAUUAUAUCUGUGGAAACAUUCAAUGAACCCACAAUAAAAGAUCCAGAGUUGAGUAAAUUCAGAUUAAAAAAGAAAAAUAACAAGAACAUAAAAGAAAGCUCAGGAAACGAAUCUGGAACUACAAAUAAUAAUAAUUUAGACAUUGAAGAAUUGAAUGAAAAUGUUUUAGAUUUUAAUAAUGAAGAAAAUGAUAAAAAAUUAAAGGAUCGAAUUAAAAAGAACUGCGUUAUUAAAGAACCUAAAAACAUUGAAAAUAGUGAAUUUAACAAUUUUAUUUCGAAAGAGAAUGUUUACCAUUCAAAUAUUUUAAGAAUUAGUAAAUAUCCUUUAAAUAUAGAUAAAUGUAAUAACAACUACAAGAAGAAAAAAAAACUUGAAAAUUAUGUUGGAACUCCUAACUUUAUGCCUCCAGAAGCGUUAAUAAACAAAUGUAGUGGUAAGGCACGGGAUUUAUGGAGUCUUGGAUGUACUAUUUAUCAGCUGGUAACAUGUACAGUUCCGUUUAAUGGUUCAACGGAAUGGUUCAUUUAUAAUAAAAUAAAAAAAAAAGAAAUAAAAUACCCACCUAUAAUAUCAUCUGAAUUAAUUGAUUUAAUUGAAAAGUUAACUAAUAUCAACCCAGAAGAAAGAUUGGGAUAUAAAGGAGGAUGUAAAGAGAUUUUAGAGCACCCUUAUUUUCAAAAGUAUAAUUACAGACUUCUUAAUUAUAAGUUCCAAGAAAUUUCCGAAUUAGAAAAAAUGUAUACAAAUGUGAUGAAUAAAUAUCAUGAAUAUGCAAACGAAAGGAGGAAAUUAAGACAAAAUAUGAAAAAUAAUUCUUACGGGGAAAAUAACAAAAAUAUAGAGAGACUAAAAAGUGAUUUGUUAAAUAUAAUUAAAAGUGACAUAUUGAUUUAUGAUAAAAAAGAUGAAUCUAUAGCAUUAAAGAUGAGAAUUGUUGAAACGGUUAAUUUCUUGAUAUAUGAGUUCGAUGAACAGGAAAAAAAGGAAAUAAAAGAAGCAGAUAAAUGGUUAGAACGAUUUAAUAAUAAAUAA